AUGGUGCAGCAACAACUGUCUAGCGCGCCAGACCCAGAAGGCUGUCUGCGUCAGCCGACGCACGAGGAGGCGAUUCUUUACCACCACGUCUGGCGCGCCCUUCUUCAGAGCUCUCCUGAUCGCGCUGCUCUGCCGCCGGAGAUCGUCUCCUACAUCGUUGUCCUCGCCGGAUGGAUACUACCUGACCACUCGCGUAAGAUGGAGACAUCCGAGCGAGCCUACAUCAAGUGUUACGAUGGCGACGAGUCCGCGAAGGUCUCCAAGCGGUGGUUUGCGACUGAACCCCUCACCGUCCGCGACAUCAAUGGGAUAGCCGCCCUCCGACUCAUCACGGGUUCAAAGGAUCAGGGAUGGACAUCUCUCUCACCACCGGCGAGCUUCAGCUGGUUCGAGGUCGCGGUAGAGCGAGAGGGGAAGCCUGUGUCGCAGCUUCAGUGGAAGAGCCACCACAACUCAUUCACAGAGUGGAGGGUCGGGGACGUCGUCUCUGUAUGGCUGUAUGCGCAGUCCUACGCGUGGAGCAACGAGGCGGAGAAGGGCGCAAUCUUAUUCUACAAGUGGUUCGAGCCGGUCAUCCCACUGCGUCAAAGUGGCCAACAAUGA